AUGCCUCUCAUUAACGCCGGGCCGAUUAUUGAAGAAAUCUUUGUUCCUGAAUGUAUUCUAGCCUCUGCAUCAAUGAAGAUGACCUCGACUCAAGGGGCUCGAAAUAGCUCGCCUUCUUACAACCAACUCGACAACCCAGACGGUGAAAUCAAAGUUCAGAAAAAACGGCAGCCCACAGUGAGCUGGGCGCCUGAUGAGGUUGACAUAUGGGAAGCUCCAGGACGCCAAACAAGCCGUUUAUUUGCUCUGGAGGAGAUGAGAGGAAAGUUGGUUCCGACCGCUGAGGAAGAUGGUGGACCAAGUGAUCCUCAACCUCCGAGAAGCAGGAAUAUAUCUUUCCGCCUACACUGGAGUAAGGCAAUCCGAUAUUCACAGCCUGGAGGAAACUUUGAAGGCCUCUCAGGCAGCAACACGCACGGAUUAUCCAGAGAAAGAACGUACAGUGCCCCUUUGCCCCUUCGCCAGUCAAGCGGUACAGCCAGGAAAACCCGGAACAGCAGCCUUAGGAGCCUGUACAACAUGGCUGAUCUGGUCAAUAUCAAACGCCAGCGUCAAUAUUGGAAGCAGCUACUUAUUGAGUAUGGAACAUACACAGCUCUCGCUGCUUUUGUGUACUUUGUUCUUGUGGGUGUGCCCUUGUGGAAAGGGGCUGUGUGCUGGCUCUAUUGGGUGAUGCAACAUAAGCUUGUCUUCUCAUGCGGCUGGGCCAUUGCUAUCGCUCUAAUUAUAUUCUUUUCCUUCAUACCUCUUCUUCACACUUUUGAAAAGAAAGCGCCAGGACCUGAAUAUUACCAACAGCGUCAUAUUACCCCAGCCACCACAGAUACUGCUCUUUUAAUCCCAUGCUAUAAGUCGGGUCAUAUCAUUGGCCGGACUCUCGAAGCUGCAUUGAAGAUCUUCCCUGCCUCUCAUGUCUAUGUGAUCGCCAAUGGCAACUCCUCAAGCCCUCUGGACAAUACCGAAGCAAUAUGCCGAACCUAUGGUGUCAACCAUAUCUGGUGUCCUGUCGGGUCUAAAAUUGUCGCGUUAUUCAUCGGCUGCUAUGCGGUCAAACACUUCCGCUACGUUCUUCUCAUUGACGAUGACUGCAUCCUUCCUCCGAAUUUUCCUGUUGUCGUUUCCCGGUUAACCAACCACGUGCGCUGUAUUGGAUACACAAUCAAAUCCGUUAGCUCGGAUUCUUUGAAAGGGUCUUAUUGUCAACAAGCACAGGAUUUGGAGUAUAAGUUGGCGGGUUUACAGCGCAGCUUCGCAGGAAGACUUGGCAGUGCCACCUUCCCUCACGGGGCUAUAUCUCUCUGGGAGAGAACAUUUUUGAAGGAUACCCUUCGACACCACCCUGGUUUCUCUAUUAGUGAAGACUGGUUCCUGGGAAAUAGCUGCCGAAGGCUCGGAGGAAGAAUACAGAUGUGCAGUGCUGUGUUCGUGGAAACCACCACGCCGUCUGCUUUCAUUUGGACUGACCGCAAUCGGAGCAGAGGUGGUUUCGGUGAGACAACAGUCUUGCAGCAGCGCUUUUUGCGGUGGAAUUUCUUCGUAGCCAAUGCAAUCUGUCACAAUUUGGUUUACAUCUUUGGGUCCUGGAAGUUGGGUUGGUGGGAGAUCGGGGCGAAAUUAUUUGUCAUCCAGGAGGUUUAUGAGACCAUGUUGUACCUACUCACCCCUUUUCUACUACCCAUCUCACUUCUAAUCCGACCUUUAUUCUGUAUUUCCCUUUUGCUAACAACAUUUGGGUUAUAUCUGCUGAAUGCCAUCAUCUUCAACGAAAUUCAUCUGCGGUUGAAGAAUGAGCGUGUGCAACUGAAGAUUCUGCUCUGGUACUAUAUGCCCUACAAGGUCCUUAUCAGUCUAAUGAAUGUCGCUAGUUGCUAUUGGUCCUUGUACAAAUAUGCCCGCUAUUUUGCAAAGCGACACCCUAAGCUUAACGAAGAUCACAAGGCUGUCGGGAUGGUUCUAAAAUUGGAGGAGAUGACACAAAAAGACCGAGGACAUCGAAUGCGAUGA